ACCAGGCAAGUGAACCACUAUAUGUCUCAAGGAAGAGCCUUCAGGCGCGUUGUCGCUUUGUUCGACAACAUCGAGGAUCUCGUCGCCGAAAACGACAGGAGAUACGAUGCUGAGGAUGAGGAGACCUCUGUCGAUCAAGAUCGACUACAUGUAGGGUACGUCACCCUAAUGAACACCUUUCCGUGGCUCUAUAAGAAGUGUUCAGAUAUGGAUUAUGAUGACUAUAUACGCAUGUUAAAAUCGCUUAGGCAGGGGGCUGACAGUGCUCGAGGCGAUGAUACCUCCAAGCUGAAGACACUCGUUUCUGAAUGGGUCAACCGCGAAUUCAAACCGAAUCCCCCGGUCGACAUGGACGAUAAACAUACCCGUGGAUUCAUCAAUGAUGCGUGCGGCAAGUUGCUGUGUCUGACUGAGCUUGAUUGGAACAGCCCAGCUGUACGGGCAGGCAUUCGAGAUCGCGCAGAGGGAUAUAUUGUCACGGAUCUUUCUUUUCCAGCUUACUUAUAUGAAAAGUACACCGCCAAUUCGGACAAUUUGGAGGAGGGACUUUUCAAAGGGAAAAUUCUGAUUCAGAGCUACAAAGCUGUCUUCACGUCUCCCUCAUCAGCAAAGGAUGUCGAAGGCAACGGUGAUGGUGCAGAUGUCAUCGAAAAUAACAGACGCACUAAGAAGACUAUUUCAACAAUCAAGGUGAAGAAGCAUGUACGAUUCGCACUCUCGUCUAUUACCUCGUGGCGGUCUGUCGAUGGUGAUUUUGACUAUGUACAAUUUUGGCAGACCAUUGUCGACUUCUUCGAAAGGCCUCCUGGUCGGGAUGCACAGCGCAGGGUCACCAGACUGCUUGAAUGGUGGACCAGGAAGGUUUUCGGAAGGAGUCGCCGUGCAGACCUUACCGACGACGCGAGAGCCAAGAUGUCCGUGAACACUCUAGCAAGGCAGAGGGCACAGAUUGAUGAUGCCGCCUUCGACUCAGACUAG